UCUACCUCUCACUUCGCCAGGUUCGCAAACCCAUUCCUUACCUACUAUUCCUCCGCCGAGUCUAUAUAUUGGGCUCAAUAUUCCGACAUGUUUGACCCAGCGCGCUGCAUGGUACCCUCUGACCACUUGACUUUUGACAGUGUAUUACUCGCAUACCUCUGGCGAUAUGAUGAGGUGGCCCUGGCUCUCAGGAUCUCGGGCUGCAGCAUUCCUUGAGAUUCACGCCCGCUUACUGUUACAGGCCCAGUAGCUGUGUGCGCUGCUACGACGUGCCGGCUCUGGCAUCAGGUGGUCCUUCGACACGAACUCACGUCACAUCUGUCAUGAGUCGUCUUCGAAUGAUUGGAUGCUUGAAGACUUUGACUUCAGCUAUCUCACGAUAUGUUUCAAUUUUGCUCUCACGAUUACAACUGAUAUACGUGUGCCUCUGAGUGACUCCAGUGUGCUUCCCAAGCUUCUUGCUUCUGCCUUCGCAAACUCGGGAUCACAUUUCAUGUUGUCGGCGAGCCUGUCCAUAGUUUUUAUUCCUGCUGCUGCACUCCCGGACUAUGAGGGCGGUUUUCGGGCUCGUUGCCUUGCGCUUUCAGGAUUCGUCUGGCUUGUAUACGACCACUGCCUCACAUUCGAACAAGAGGUAAAGUAUUUCUGGGCAGGACCCUUCUCGACGUCAAAACUACUAUUUUUAUGGAACCGAUAUUUCUCGCCAGUAGUGCUUAUACUGGGCCUGGCAUGUCUUUUCGGAACGGACUUAUCGGAUGAGUUUUGCUCCCGUGCACUUCGAACAGUGUUUGUGACUGACUACAUUGGCAUUACUGUCGUACAAGCAAUAAUUGUCAUGAGGGUGUGGUAUAUACUGUCUGGGAGGCUCGUUGCUCGAAUAGUCGUCCUGGGCAUAUUCGUGGCUUCUAUCGUGAUUUCCGCUAGGAACUUCGCCACCAUCUUUCAUUCUGUCGGCUACGUGUACCCUGUUCCUCUACCACUCGGAGGAUGUCCUGCACCGCCUAUCGUCGAAGUCUGGACCAUAUUUCUUCCUUAUCUGGUCACGCAAUCCAUCCUCUUCGUCGCUACUAUGUUGCCGGCCUUUCACCUCCACAGACAAGGGAGACACUCGCAAGUAAUGAGCCGACUAGUCAGAGAUGGCGGUGUAUUCUAUUUCGCAUUUUUCGUUGCUGCCGUAUUUACUACUAUUGGGUCCAUCCAGAAGGGGAACAUGUCGCUCCUAUACACUGCCGUAUUCUCAAACUUUCUGCUCGCCGUCUCCUCAGUCUCCGUAUCUCGACUCAUCUUAAGCAUUCGCUCGCUCGCAUCGCAACUAUCCAUCGACCCAGAUACUCUUCUCAGCACAGCAGAGCUCAGUCGCAUCUCGUGGAAGAGGGGCGCCCGUGAUGGCGAGAUCAUCGUCGACAUCAAUACCGUUGAGGACUCGUACGACAUGGGCGACAUCGAAAAUGUAGUCAGGCCGAACACGCCUGGGUUCUACACGACCCAGGUAGGUGUGUACGACGACAUCCCGAUACCUGGCAGCGCUGCCAGGGCAAGAUCAUUCAGGGUCACUCAUUUCGUCAAAACGGUGUGAUCAACGUUGUGUCCCCGAUGGUCGGAGACACUCUGGUGUAUGACGAUGUCAAUCUGGCAGAUGUACGCUGUUCCGUAUGUCCGCCGAAUGUAUGCAAGACUGCCAGCAACUACGAGACUAUAUUUGUUCGGUCCAAAGUCACACGUUUCUUUGAUGAUGGCGGUGAUGGCAAACUUGGAUCAUUCUGAUUUUGCCACCCCGGGGCAAGGGCUGUGCCGGUACUGCGCUCAGUGCGGGGUCAGUACCAAGGCAUUAGUAAUAGCCGCAAGUCAACAAGGGCCCUGACAGAAUAGAGCCUCG